AUGCGAUUGACCAACCUUUUAAGUUUGACCUCUUUGGUGGCCUUAGCUGUGGCUGUACCAGACUUCUACCAGAAACGUGAAGCUGUUAGCUCAAAGGAAGCUGCUCUUCUGAGAAGAGAAGCUACUGAAUGUGUUUCUAACGAGAAUGUCCUCGUUGAGGCUCCAAAAUCCAACAUCUGGACCAGUCUGUCUAAAGACGAAGUUCAGGAAGUAUUGGACUUGUUGCAUUCCACUUACAAUAUUACCGAGGUCACUAAGUCUGACUUCUUCUCCAACUAUGUUCUUUGGAUUGAGACUUUGAAGCCUAACAAGACUGAGGCUUUGACUUAUUUGGAUGAGGAUGGAGAUCUACCUCCCAGAAACGCCAGAACUGUCGUUUACUUUGGUGAGGGUGAGGAAGGAUACUUUGAAGAGCUCAAGGUAGGACCACUGCCAGUCAGUGACGAGACCACCAUUGAGCCUCUUUCCUACUACAACACCAAUGGAAAGUCUAAACUUCCAUUCGAUGUUGGUCAUUUGGACAGAAUCAAGAGUGCUGCCAAGUCCGCUUUCCUGAAUGAAAAUUUGAACACCACAACCAUGAGAACUGUUCUUGAAGACUUGAUUGGUGUUCCUUACGAGGAUAUGGGAUGUCAUUCAGCUGCUCCUCAAUUGCACGACCCAGCAACUGGAGCUGUUGUCGACUAUGGUACUUGUAACAUCAAUACUGAGAACGAUGCUGAAAACUUAGUUCCUACUGGUUUCUUUUUCAAGUUCGACAUGACCGGAAGAGAUGUUUCUCAAUGGAAAAUGUUGGAGUACAUUUACAACAACAAAGUGUACAACUCUGCUGAAGAACUCUACGAAGCCACAAAGAAGGAUGAUUUUGUUAGAUUGCCAAAGAUUGACAUUGAUAACCUUGAUUGGACUGUAAUUCCUAGAAACGAUUCUGCUCCUAUUAGACACUUGGACGACAGAAAGUCUCCAAGAUUAAUAGAGCCAGAAGGACGCAGAUGGGCAUAUGAUGCUGACGAAGAGUACUUCAGCUGGAUGGACUGGGGCUUCUACACUUCUUGGAGUAGAGACACCGGUAUCAGUUUCUUUGACAUCACCUUCAAGGGUGAGAGAAUCGUUUACGAAUUAUCUUUGCAAGAGUUGAUCGCAGAAUACGGUUCAGAUGAUCCAUUCAACCAGCACACUUUCUACUCAGAUAUUUCUUACGGUGUCGGUAACAGAUUUAGUUUAGUCCCAGGUUUUGACUGCCCAAGUACCGCCGGUUACUUCACUACUGACACUUUCGAAUACGAUGAAUUCUACAACCGUACCCUCAGUUACUGUGUUUUCGAAAAUCAGGAAGACUACUCACUACUACGUCACACUGGUGCUUCUUACUCUGCUGUCACCCAAAACCCAACUCUGAAUAUUAGAUUUAUUUCUACCAUUGGAAACUACGAUUACAACUUCUUGUACAAAUUCUUCUUGGACGGUACCCUUGAGGUCUCUGUUCGGGCUGCUGGUUACAUUCAAGCUGGAUACUGGAACCCAGAAACCAGUGCUCCUUACGGUCUGAAGAUCCACGAUGUUCUUUCAGGCUCUUUCCAUGACCACGUACUGAACUACAAAGUUGACUUGGAUGUUGGUGGAACCAAGAACCGUGCUACCCAGUAUGUUAUGAAAGAUGUCGACGUUGAAUACCCAUGGGCUCCAGGUAAGGUUUACAACACCAAGCAGAUUGCAAGAGAGGUCUUUGAAAACGAAGAUUUCAACGGUAUCAACUGGCCUGAGAACGGACAAGGUAUCCUUUUGAUUGAAUCUGCCGAAGAAACUAACAGUUUCGGUAACCCAAGAGCUUACAACAUUAUGCCCGGAGCAGGAGGAGUUCACAGAAUUGUUAAGAAUUCUCGUUCUGGACCAGAAACCCAAAACUGGGCUCGUUCCAACUUGUUUUUGACUAAGCACAAGGACACAGAAUUGAGAUCCUCUACAGCUUUGAACACCAACGCUCUUUACGACCCACCUGUUAACUUCAACGCUUUCUUAGACAAUGAAAGCUUGGAUGGUGAGGACAUUGUUGCUUGGGUUAACUUGGGUCUGCACCACUUGCCAAACUCCAACGAUUUACCAAACACCAUUUUCUCAACCGCACAUGCUUCCUUUAUGUUGACACCAUUCAACUACUUCGACAGCGAGAACUCUAGAGAUACCACCCAACAAGUUUACUACACUUACGAUGACGAGACUGAAGAAUCCAGUUGGGAAUUCUACGGAAACGAUUGGAGUUCUUGCGGUGUUGAGGUUGCUGAACCAAACUUCGAGGAAUACGUCUACGGAAGAGGAACCCGUAUUAACAAAAAGAUGACCAACUCGGACGAAGUCUAUUAG